AUGACAGAACCAACAUCGAAAAAGCAGGGAUUUAAAAAGUGUCGCAGUGCAACUUUCAGCAUUGAUGGCUUUAGCUUCACUAUUGUUGCCAAUGAGGCGGGGGAAAGGAAUCGCGGUCCACUAGCCCGCUUUGCACGCUCACGGUCCCAGAAUGCACUGUGCACUGAUGUCAUAGCCAGCGUUGGCAUCAAAGAACGGAGAGGAACUCUGAUCGAUCCUCGUAGUGCCGAGGAGAUCCUGGCUGAUGAGCUGCCCAUCCCUGAUGCCCCAGAUGCCAUGGAGAAGACUGUUGUCAGGUUGCGCUGUUUAGUAAAGCAGCUGGAGAGGGGCGAAGCAUCUGUGGUUGACCUGAAGAAAAACCUGGAGUAUGCUGCCACAGUCCUUGAAUCCCUGUAUAUUGAAGAAACCAGGCGGCUGGUGGAUCGGGAUGAUGAGCUGAGUGACAUCCAGUCAGACUCGGUGCCGUCAGAAGUUCGUGACUGGCUAGCUUGCACCUUCACCCGGCAGAGGGGCCUGAUGCAGCGGCGUAACGAAGACAAACCACGCUUCCGCAGCAUUGUCCAUGCGGUGCAGGCUGGCAUCUUUGUAGAGAGGAUGUACAGACGAACCUCCAACAUGGCUGGCCUCAGUUAUCCCCCACAUGUCAUCACUGUGCUCAAGCAUCUGGACAUGUGGUCCUUUGAUGUGUUUGCCCUGAAUGAAGCCAGUGGAGACCACGCACUGAAAUUUGUCCUCUAUGAGCUGCUCACCAGAUAUGAUUUAAUCAAUCGUUUCAAGGUCCCUGUUUCUGCUCUUAUAUCAUUUGUGGAGUCAUUGGAGGUAGGCUACAGCAAAUACAAGAACCCCUACCACAACCUGAUGCAUGCUGCUGAUGUCACACAGACCAUCCACUACCUUCUCCUCAAGACUGGCAUGGUGCACUGGCUAACUGAGUUGGAGAUAUUUGCCAUCAUUUUUGCAGCUGCCAUCCAUGACUAUGAACAUACAGGGACCACCAAUAACUUCCAUAUUCAGACCAGGUCAGACACAGCCAUGUUGUACAAUGACCGAGCUGUUCUGGAGAACCACCAUGUCAGUGCUGCCUAUCGCCUCCUACAAGACGAUGAUGAAAUGAACAUCCUUUUAAAUCUUUCCAAAGAUGACUGGAGAGAACUGCGCACUUUGGUAGUGGAGAUGGUGAUGGCCACUGACAUGUCCUGCCACUUCCAACAAAUCAAAGCUAUGAAGAGCCUCCUGCAGCAGUCUGAAGUGAUUGACAAACCAAAGGCCUUAUCUCUGCUGCUGCACACCGCUGACAUCAGCCACCCAGCCAAACACUGGGACCUCCACCAUCGCUGGACCACAUCCCUGCUCGAAGAGUUCUUCAGACAGGGUGAUAAAGAAGCAGAGUUGGGUCUACCUUUCUCUCCUCUCUGUGACCGCAAAUCCACCAUGGUGGCUCAGUCCCAGAUCGGAUUCAUUGACUUCAUUGUUGAGCCAACAUUCACUGUGUUGACGGAAAUGAUUGAGAAUAUUGUAACACCGCUGAUUGAGGAUGCAUCUCGCUCUGGAUUGGCUGGCUUCAGACGUUCUAGUGUCAACAGUAUUAGUGGCAGUGAUGGAAAACCUUCCAGUUUGAAGGGUACAGGCUCAGAGGGCAGCUGUUCUCUGACCACAGUGGACUUCAAGACCUUCAGGGUUACAUGGGACCAAGAGAUUAAUCACAACAGGGAGGCAUGGAAGGCCCAGGCAGUCAAAGACCUGAAGGAAAAGCCCAAGAUGAAGUCAGAGGAGGGCGACCAAGAAGAGAAAGAGGUGAAAGAGUCUGAGAUAACAGAUGACAAGCCAGGACAGGAGGAGAUGAAAACAGAUAUGAAGGGACUGGAGGAGGUAGUGAACAGGUGGAAGCAGGUCGAGCAACAGCCUAAAAAUGAGGAAGGAGACAGUAAUCCAGGAGGGGCUCCAGGCUCAGAACAAGAUUUCACUGACAACAAGAAGCCUGAGAUCCACACAGACAAACAGCAGCGUCACAAUGACCCUCAGCCUGACUGCCCACUAAUCCAUUACUUGAAGGGGCCCAGUUACUGUGCCAGUUCCUACCGGUUGGUAAGGUCAAAGGUCACAGAGAUGCGCCCCAUUGAUGCCAGGGGGAAAGCCAGGAGACUGCAGCGGAUCUCCCUACGUCGCAGAAAGUGA